UACGAUAGAAGGCUUUGUGCCCGUCGACACCCUGCUACGGUGCUUGUUGCAAAACCCUGAACCCUCUCUCUCUCUCUCUCUCUCUCUCUCAAACGCACACGUCCGCGGAAGACUCAACCCGGCCUUGCUAGCUCGGUUUAGUAGCCGAGGCUGCGUCAGUGCAUGUUCGUUACUUGCUUUCUCCGAGUAAUUAUAUCAAACAGUUGGUGUGCGUCACUCGCUUUUCAAUACGAUGAAGGGGAGCAGAACUACUGUUCUAACAUUCGCUGAAAAAUGCAAGAAUAUAUUGGCGUCAAAUUGGCAAGGUAGUCUCAAUACAGUUAAGGCUGAUGCUACCGGAAGCAAGGAAGAAAUUUACAGUUCAAAAGUAAAAUACUUUGUGAAGAAGGGGAGGCCUUACAUUUGGGUACCUGAAGAUGACCUGCAUAAUGUGAAUACAGUUAUAGAUGAACGUGGCUCAUUGGCUGUCACAAGUCCCUUACCAGGGUCACUUGCAAGUCUGCUUCAUUCUUUGAAGAAGCCUCCUAAUCGGAUUGCUCUUGUUGGUGAAGUCCUUCCACUUGGUGAUAAAAAGGCAAAGUCAGCUGCAGAAAGCCUUCGAGAGAUGAUAAUAUCAGAAGCAGAGGCAAUUAAAGAGUUCAGUUAUUCAGUUUCUGGUAUAUUAAGCUCAUCUAACUUCAGAUCUACAUCUCGUGCUGAAAAUCUCCAAGACCUAUUGAAUGAAGAAGAUCAACAAUACCGGAUUUAUAAGUUUAAUCCAAGUUCAAUCAGUUACAUAGAAGGAAAGGGAAGCAGUCAUGAAGUGGAUUUGAAGGAUAUGGAAGAAUCAAAGGCUGACCCCUUGUCGGUUUUUUCUGGAAGCUUGAUUGAUGGAAUUAAUCAAAGUGAAGGCAGACGUCGAGCCCUCAUAAUCUUUUGUGCUACAUACUUGAAUAAGAAUGUGAAGGACGCAGUGGUGGUGUCUGUAGAUAGGAAAGGGCUGGACUUGUUGGGGAAGGUGGUGGGACCCACGAUGGAGGAAUACGAAUGGAAGGAGUUGAGAUUGGUUUUGAAGGAAGAAGCAAGAGAUGUGGAGACAUUCUGCAGACGGCUGGUUGAGAUGGAAGAGGAGUCGAUUAAGAAUAUUUCAGCAUUCAGUGGUCUGCCACUGGAAGCCAAUGAUAGUUAAUUAUUUAGGCUGUUGAAAGGUUUCUCAAUCGAGCUCUGUGUGUGUGUGUGUUUUGGUUGGAUUUGUGCCUUGUGUAUCAAGUGAAGUCCUAGUAAAAGACACGAACCACACCACUCAAAAAUGAUCUCUAUUAUUGCAAUAUCGGUUAUUUUUGCAAUCUCGAUAAUUCGUUUUGUUUAGUUAUUUUCUCAAAUUAUCAGAUACAUUUCAUACCUGGUUUUGAAUUGUGGGGUAUUUUCCUAAUAUUUAAUAUUUCAUAUCC